UCUUGAAGCCCUACCUCCAAUAGUCCCCUGCUGCAGUGUUUUCUUUGCCAGUUGUAUGUCCGAUGAUUAUGUUGGCUCUAUUCAAAAAUAGGCGCUGGGCGUGGGAGUGACCUUACUCGGUCUCUAGAUUAUUGAAAGGUCGGGAAAGACAUGCGUGCGGGGCGGGACCCAGAAUUAGGCACUACUAUAUAGUGUGGAUAUCGAUGAGUCCCCCUUCUUCUCCUUGUAGUCAUCAUGACUUUACAGGCCAUCUUAGCUGCAGUCUUAACUCUUUACUGCGCUGGAUUGUUAUUCUGGCAGAUUCUCAGGCAUAGCCUACUACGAAAGCAGACGUGUGUACUCGACCUCCAACACCUAGGAUCAUCCAGAAACGGGGACCAGAAGAUCCAUGGCACAGCGGUCAUCUGUGGCGGCAGUCUUGCUGGUCUAUUCGCAGCCAGGGUAUGCCACGAUCACUUCGACGAGGUUGUUAUCGUAGAACCGGAAGCAUGGGCAGACGAUCCAGAUUCUAGGCGCCAGGAUGCAUGGAGACAAGCAAAGCAUCGAUCUCGUAUCAUGCAAUACAAGUCUUUGCAAGGGCCCAUUCAACCAUUCGCUUUUAUGGCUUUAGAUAACCUUUUCCCUAACCUUGCGAAAGAAUGCGAGGCAUCUGAUAUAACCGUUAGAACUUCUGAUUACCGGAGUUCGACGUGGGGGCGAUGGCCAAAGAAACCGUAUCAUCAGUAUAAUGGGACACUUCCUGAUACAAUAAUUGCCGGUCGCCCUGGGUUAGAGACGCUUAUACGUCGCUUGGUUCUUGGAACUCUUUACAAGAAUAUCCAGCAACUUGUUGGUACCGUGACCGGUGUCUCUUGCGACACUUCCGACUCUGCGCGUCUCGAUCGCGUGAUUAUUCGAACCUCAGUAGGCUCCCGUGAAAUCAAAGCGGCACUGGUCGUCGAUUGCACCGGUCCUGCAUCUGCGGGCUUAAAAUGGUUGAAGCGCCAGGGAUAUGGCCAGUCAGGCACUUAUCCUUGCGGUAAACUUCCUCUUGAGAAGCUCAGGAUCACUUACAACCAGAAGAUCACCUAUUCGACGUUUGAAUUUUAUGUCCCGCCUGAACUCGGUAACAGACUCCCCGGCCUUCCUGCACCAUACGAAAAAUGCGGUCUGAUAUAUCUCUGUAUCACUGAUCCUACCCUAGACUGUCGGUGCAUACAUAUCCAGCGCACCGAUGGAAAUUACAUACAACUCUGCUGUGUUAUCUUCGGCCAGAUCGAGCAUCCUCGAACUCUCGAGGAGAUCAAAAUGUAUGCACAAUCAAUGGUCACCUGGGAACCUAUACCCUCAUCAGUAUUCGAACUGCUCGAUAUACUGGAAGAAGUCGAAGACACCAUGACUUGUAGUCAUCUUCCUUUUUCUGGAGCGAGUUAUAUAAGAUAUGACAAAGCCGUCAACCUACCGGCAAAUUGGAUAGCUACCGGAGAUAGUGUCAUGAAGCUUAAUCCUCUUUACGGGCAAGGAGUCGUAAAGGCACUCAUGGAUGCAAUUUGCCUCAACACACUCCUACACAAGCAUCGUAUGACUAGUUUCGUCCCAAAAGACUUUUCAACCGAGUUCUUCGAGAUGCAGAAGAACAAGAUUUCACGUCUCUGGAAUGCAAACAAAAACCGGGAUUAUAGUUAUCAGUCCACUGUUCCUGUACCUGGGGAAACGUUAUCUGAUGGAUGGUUUUCACGAUGGUAUACGAGGCAGAUUAUCAUGCUAUCAUUUGAUGACUUGCAAGUAGGAUCUGCAUUGUGGAAUGCCAGUAUGAUGCUUGCGCCUCCAAUCGACACUUUGGAGCCAGGGAUUGUUUUGAAGGUUGUCUGGCAUGCCUUGAAGAGGUGGGUAGCGAGGUUCCUAUUAUAAAGACGCCUUGUAGAGUACAGGGAUUUAAUGUGUGAGCUAACACAAUGGCACAGAGUAUCAAAGAACUUCAGUAUCUAUUCUAUAAC